AUGCUGAACUGGAAGUUCCUGGGGAUACUGGUUCUUUGUCUCCUUGCAGGAGGCAUCACAGGCAGCAAUGACCACCCUUUGCCACCAGCCCCAGAGGCUCAUGAAGAAGAGGGUGCACCGACAUGGCCACAGGGUCCCCCAAUCCCUGGUGACCCUUGGCCAGGGGUGCCCCCUAUUUUUGAAGACCCCCCACCCCCAAGCCCUAGUCGUACCUGGAGAGAUCUGCCUGAAAGUGGUGUCUGGCCCCCUGAGCCCCCUAGUACAACUACUCCCCAACCUCCACCACGACCUGAUGACCCCUGGCCUGCUGGACCUCAACCCCCUGAGAAUCCAUGGCCUCCUGGCCCUGAGGUAGAUGAGUCAGACCUUGAUCCACCCAAGGAGGAAUACAGAUAAUUGGGUGUUUUCAAUUCCCCUUGCUCAUGCACAUAAGGCCUGGUUCAUCUAACACAUCUUCCUCAUUCCCCUGGAGGAGUAAUCUUUCUGUGCCUCAGCACCCCCUUAUCUUUGCCCUUCUGAUGUCACUAUCCUCCCAAAGAUUUACCCUUUCCCUUCAUCUUUCCCUUAAUUCCUGUUGGUCACCCCCAGAGCACAUCCCUACCUCGUACUCUGUCCUUGCCUUCCUGUGCCAAUUCUUCCAGAAUCUCCACAACUGGUCACUGUGUGGUGGCCAUGACAAGGAGGUGAAAGUGGACAAUACCUGAACUUCCACCAGAUGGAAAAAUAA